AUGAGACAGUUCAAAUUCGUAGGAGGCCCAAAGCGCAAGCGACGUCGCCGCGACGAGUUGAGUGGGGAGCUCACCGAGGUUCUCCCAACUGAGACUGCUGCUGCUGCUACUACUGCUGCUGCUCAAUCAAGUCGUCGUCCGGCGGCUGGGAGCUCAACAAAGAAUCAGCAACAGCAACAACCAUCGGCGACUAUAUCAAAAGACCAGGGAGAGCCGGCGACCACGGAAGCAUCCUCGGGGCUGGACCUGACCGCGACAACAAGUGACGACGUUCUCUCAUCCGUCAAUGAGGCGGCGUCUUCCUCCGCAGAGGAGGGUGAAGUAAACAAGCCAUUAGACAGACCUGUUGGCGGCUUUUUUGAUCCCAUAUUCGGUGCCUUGCCUUCAUUUGAGGACCCAUUCGACAUGGUCGACUAUCCCACGGUGCCAGGCCCGAAUGAAUUCAACGCCAUAUUCGGCUUGGAAGGAAUAGAGCAUCAGCAAUUCGCCACGGGCGGCGUGGACCUGAAUAAGGAUUUCCCAGGAAAUGUUCCAAGACCAGAGGCGGAAAUGCAUUCAGAAUUACCCCCUCCAAGUCUGUCCAUGUUGGCAAAUGAUUAUACCGUCGAUCAGCUGCUCCUGAGGUACGAUCAGGAAUUUUGCGUGCUACCUCUGACGCACGAUUUUAAAGCCAACCCGUUCCGUUGUCGAAUGGAAAAUGUCCACGGGUCACAGAUGUUGCUUCACUGUAUACUCGCCCUUUGUUACAAACACAUUCAUCGCGACACUGGUACAUGCUUUGCCGAAGCUCAAAGCCAUGAAAGGGCAGCUCUCCAGAUGCUCGACAGAAUCGAGAGAAGUGGACAGACAUUGACCACGACGGGUACACUGGAUCCGUUACUGAUACUCAUGACUUUAAAGUGUGCCACGUCGGCUCUAGGACCCUGGGUGUGGUAUCUAAAACGCGUGAACAACAUAUUAUCCGCAGCACAGUCACUGGAUCUCAGACAAAACCCACGCAUGCAAGCGCAGAUUGAAAUGUUUGCUUGGUGGGACGUGACACUGGCCUUGACGAGCCGUCAGGGCUAUGUCCUGUCGCAGUCCACAAUUCAGAACUUGAUCGAUCAAAAAGACAUGAGCAAAACUUCUUUUUAUGGCGUGGCUGGUUGCCCAAAAUUUCUCUUUGAAAACAUGGUCCGGCUUGGAGUGUACGCUAGAGAAUUUGAAUUGGUAGCAUCGAUGACCUGCGUCCGUGUGGACUUGGGGCCUAUUCUGGCAAUCGAAAAGGACAUAAUCGGCUGGGAACCUGUUAAGGGUGCCAUCACGUCUGAGCUUGUCGUCCCAGGAGAAGAGGCAGAAACACUAGAGUCCGCACAGGUCGAAGAAGAUCUACGGCAUUGUGCCGAAGCUUGGAAGUUUGGAUUGCUCGUCUAUAUCGAAAGAGUCUUCAAGUGGGACCGCAAGGAGGAAAUCUCGCCCAUGGUUCAGUUUCUCGCACGCAAGACGCUGGAUCAUGUCAGAUGUUGCCGACGUGAGAGUAUGACGCAAAAGCAGCUUCUGCUACCCAUGUUCUUAGCCGGGUGCGAAGUCAAGGACGAAUGGCUUCGGAAAGAAGCUAGUGACUACUGCGACUGGUGGGGCAAGAAGACGAGAUAUGAUAUGUUUCUGACAGCCUCGGCCUUGUUGCAAACCGUCUGGGACGACGAGGAGGCGUUCAAGUGGUGGGGUCCAGUUAUUGAUCAGCAUGGCUACUUGGGUUCAGACGGAACAAUGGGAAGACAAUAUCUGUUUGGAUAG